GAACCGCUGCCGCUGCCGUGCUGCUGUACCGAGGGCUCGCAGCCUGGGUCCACUACGGCGCCGCCGAGCAUCAUGCGAGGCUGGUGGGCGCACGCGUGGAGAAUGACGAGAAUGCUGUCGUGUCCCCCGUUUACGAUGUAUUCGUCGAGCAGCUCAGCCUGAACAGCGCGGGUCUUGAGGAUAUCCGCUUUUCGGCCACCAUCGACGUACGGCCGCGUGGAGUCCCCAGCCCUGGCAACGUGCUCUACACUUUCGCCCCGCUGACGACCGCCGAGAUCAGCGAGGUGCUUUCGGAGGCGGGCCAGGUCUGCGACCUCGAGCGAGUCCACCGCGGUUUCCCGCGGCUGGGCACGGCCGUUCGAGGGCGUGGCGGCGCCGCGGCGGUGCCGACGCCCGUGCCUGCUGUCGCCCCCGCGCCUGGAGGAACAACCCGCCUCGCUCCCGCAGGCGGCGCCUGGGUCCUCACUGAACCCCUCGUCGGCCACGACAUCGGGGCCGAGUUUGCGCUGCCCGUGGGGGCCGCGGUGCUGGGGUCGACAGCGUUGGUGGUCAUCGAUGGCGCCGUCGCCAGCCUCGAGAUGCUCGCGGAGGGGGUUGACAUCUCACGGUGGGCUCUUGCUCGCAGCGACUUCCUCUGCGACGACCUGAGGAUCUUGGCGCGGGCCCCAGCGGACGCACCCUGGUCGAGGCCGUCGUGCUCAUGA